UGAUGUGGGAUGUGGUAGUACAGUGGGGUGUAAACACUGUAGAUACAGCAGCAGACUGGAUUGGAAUUAAAUUAGCAAACAUUGUCAAGAGUGUAAUGAACGAGUCCAAACCUGUCUGGGGGGGGAAAGAGAGAGAAAGUUUAUGAACCGUGCCGAAUAUUUACAGCAAUUCUUUGACGUGUGACGUUACUGCUGGUGUAAUUGGGCUGUGUGUUAAGUGACACCCCGCCGCGUGGACUCUCCGUCCAUACGCCAUCUGCUUUAGUUUGAGUUGAGGAGGCGCGCUGUGCGCAUUAGCCAAUGCAACUUUGUCCUGCGUGCAACUCUGAGUUAGUGGCUUCACGGCACUUCUUCUCGAUUCACUCGGGAGCUGUUCUUCAGCUGAUCAGAUUUUGGAGCAGUGUCCUUAUCCAGCGCAGCAGGUACCUUUAAUAACUACGUUGUGCGUUUUGCGCGCAGUGGCACUGAAAAUCCGUGUCACUAUUUAAGUCCAGGACAGACAGAUGCGCAGCAGUUUGGCAUUUUCCUGAUUGCCUGUACUCUGUGUUACUGAUUAAAACGUAAUACACUAUAAGGUUUAUAUCCAGUAGUUUACUUCUUUUUUUUUUUUUUUAAAGGAUUUUGGACAACAGUUAAGAUUAUAAUUACAUGGUCGUGGCUAGUUUUAGGAGUCCUUAUAGAUCCACUCAGCUGUACUGUAAAUCUCCAGUGCUGUAUUUUAAAAAGCAAGAUCUAAACGUGCGUCUUUCCGCCCGACAGGAGAGAAGAAGAUGCAGCCGAUGAGGACUCUUCUCGUCGUACUGGCUGUGCUCUGCACUCCGGUCUCCAGCCUGUGUUUGCGCGCGUACGACAGCGACUCGGGCUUCCUGUGCGACGGCGAGCUGCUUCCCAGCGCGAACUCUGACGAGGAGCGAGUCGUGAACGCGCCGCACGACAGCGAGGAGUCGUCCGAGGAGUUGCGGGAGAGGCGGACUUUACCCGGAUCCAGCUACAAGUUUCUGAGCCACACCUUGCUCAGGAGCAAGAUGUACGGCAACGGUGCGAGGAGUGACCGGCGCAGCAGGGUGACUCUGUCCCUGGACGUGCCCACCAACCUGAUGAACGCGCUCUUCGACAUCGCCAGAGCCAAAAACCUGCGCGCCAAAGCUGCGCACAACGCGCGCCUCAUGGCGCAGAUCGGCAAGAGGAGGUGA